AUGGCAGGACAGCGCAGUGAUGGCCGGGCAGGGCUGGGAAUGGGUGGCAGCGCCAAGAUCUGGGACCGCGGGGCCCGGGUGCGGGUGGCGAAGGGGGGACAGGCCAGUGCUGCUGGCAUUUCAUGCGAGCAGGUGAUGCAGGCAGCUGCCAGCCCUUCGGCAGGAGUCUUUGACAACUGCUCGCACACGGCCAGCGAUAAGGGCUGGGCGCUGGGCAUCCGCGCCCUGCAGCUCGGCGGCAAGAAGGACGCCCGCUUCUUCUUCUCCCUCCGUACAGACCGGGCAGGCGCUGCCACUGAGGUGACUGGCUACCACCGCUACCACCCUGAAGCAUGGACCCACCUGGCUGCCAGCUAUGACGGACAGUGGAUGUCCCUCUAUGUGGACGGGGCACGGGUGGGCCGUGCCAGUGGGCAGGGGGGGCCCCUGCACAGUACCUUCAUGGCCUCCUGCCGCACUCUGCUCCUGGGGGGGGCCGCCUGGGGGGGGAGGGUGGUGCGGUACCGGGUGGUGAACCUGGUGGAGGAUGGUGGCGGGCGGCCGACAGUCAGCCGGGACCAGGUUUGGCGGCAACACCGAGCGCUGAGCGAAGCUUUCCGACCCUACAACAUAUCCUGGCAGCUCAGCUUGCUGGAGGUACGCAACUCCUCACUGCGCCGCCGUGCCGUCCUGCUGGGCUGUGAACCCAGCAAGGUGGGCAACGAGCGCUGUGAUCCCGAGUGCGAGCAUCCCCUGACUGGCUACGAUGGCGGGGACUGCCGCCGGCCUGGCCGCUGCUUCUCCUGGAAGCGCCGUGAUGGCAUCUGCCACAUGGAGUGCAACAACAUGUUGGAUGACUUCGAUGAUGGUGACUGCUGCGACCCGCGGGCCACCGAUGUGGCCAGGACCUGCUUUGACCCCGACUCGCCCCAGCGGGCAUAUGUGAGUGUGAAGGAGCUGAAGGAGGCACUGCAGCUGAACAGCACCCACUUCCUCAACGUUUACUUUGCCAGUUCAGUGAGGGAAGAGUUGGCUGGUGCUGCCACUUGGCCGUGGGAUAAAGAGGCCCUUAGUCACCUUGGUGGAGUUGUCCUCAACCCUGCUUAUUAUGGUAUGCACGGCCACACGAACACCAUGAUCCAUGAAGUGGGACAUAUCCUGGGGCUGUACCAUGUCUUUAAGGGAGUGAGUGAGCGGGAAUCUUGUGACGAUCCCUGCAGGGAGACAACUCCAUCUAUGGAGACGGGAGACCUCUGUGCUGACACUGCCCCCACCCCAAAAAGUAAACUCUGUCGGGAUCCAGACCCUACCAAUGACACCUGUGGCCAGACACAUUUCACAGGAACGCCCUUCAACAACUACAUGAGUUACACAGAUGAUGAUUGCACCAACACCUUCACCCCCAACCAAGUGGCCCGGAUGCAUUGCUACCUGGACUUGGUGUACCAGCGCUGGGGCCAGAGCAAGAAGCCCGCACCCAUCCCGAUCCCUCCCAUGGUCACCGGGCAGACACAGGACUCCCUCAGCAUCUACUGGCUGCCUCCCAUCAGCGGUGUCAUCCAUGAGAGGGAGCAGGACACGAUCUGUGAUGACUGUGCAGAGGACGGCACCUUCCGUCAGUAUGUGCAUAAGGCCUCUUCCCCUCGGGUCUGUGAUUCCUCUGGCUACUGGACCCCAGAAGAAGCAGAAGGGCCCCCGGAUGUGGAUCAGCCCUGUGAGCCCAGCCUGCAGGCCUGGAGUCCAGAGCUCCACCUGUACCACAUGAAUAUGACGGUGCCGUGCCCCCAGCCAGACGGCUGCAUCCUGGAGCUGCGCUUCCUGCACCCUGUCUACCCCGAUUCCCUCACCCUCUGGACCACGUACCUCUCCAGGGGCUCUCCCAAGGCUCUGUCUGACAUCGAAGUCUUGACAGACCAGGGCGAGUCCAUCCAUUUGGGCCCCCUGGACACCUUCUGUGAUGUCCCCUUUACUGUGAAGCUCAACAUCCCUAAAAAGGUGUCUGGAGUCAAAAUCUACACCUUUGACGAGAGGAUGGAGAUAGACACAGCCCUGCUGACCUCCAUGCCCCACAGCUCUCUCUGCUCCUCCUGCAAGCUGAUCCAAUACCGAGUCCUCCGUGACCCCCCAUUUGCAAAUGGAUCCCCUGCUGCCCCAGCACAGGCGCACCGCCAGUUCGUCGACACGGAAAUCAUGCCUGGGCAGGUGUAUCGCUACCAGGUGCAGGCAGUCUCUGGGACAACCUCAGGAGAAGCCUCCCCACCGCUUGUCCAUGUCCACGGAGCACCCUACUGUGGGGAUGGGAAGGUGACCACGAGCAUGGAGGAGGAAUGCGAUGAUGGGGACUUGCUGGAUGGAGAUGGCUGUUCCAGGAAGUGUAAAAAGGAAAAAGGUUUCAACUGUGUCGGGGAACCAAGCCUGUGCUAUGUGCAUGAGGGGGAUGGCGUGUGUGAGCCAGCAAAAGCCUAUGCCUCCCAUCAGGAUGUGAAGUCCUGCCCUGUUUCCUUGGUCACUGGAGAACCUGUUGUGAAGGUGUGCUUUGAGAGACCUGUGGCACCCACUUCCCUCCUGAUCUUCCUGGCCUCUGAUGGCACCAUCCCAAGCAUCCAGCACAAGCCGAGGGUAACCGUCCUGCUGAGCGACGUAGAUGGGCUGAACCACUCUUUGGGGAUGUACGAGCUGUCAUGCCAGCACAACCCGCUUGUCAUUAACAUGACCUAUGGCCAGGAGGACCCAUCCCACUGGACUGCUUCGGUGCUGCUUAACUUCUCCUCCCCACUUGUGGGCAUCGCGGCUGUGGCCUUGCGGACAUCAGCUCAGUCUGGCUCUGACCCCACCACCUGCCUCCUAAAACAUGAGGAGGGAUAUGGCCACCAGCGCUACAGCUGUGUCCACGGUGCCUGUACAGGAUCAGGAAGCUGCACGCAGCCUCUGCUUGCUCAUGCUACCACCCUCAACUGCACCUCUGAUGGCCCAAGGCACAUGGUGUGUACUGUCGCCUGUGAAAAGGGCUUCAUCCUCCAUUCCAGCAAUGGGAAGAGCCUGGGAUCCACGCAGCAGGAGGUGGUGUUGACAUGCAGCUCGGGGCAGUGGGACAGAUCUGUGACUUGCGACCCUGUCAACUGUGGUGUCCCUGACCAGUCCCAUGUGUACUACGCUGAGUUCUCCUGUCCCAAAGGGACCACCUACCUGCAGAGAUGCUCCUUCUCCUGCAUCCACCCAGCCAAGCUUCAAGGAACAAACCAGUGGUUGACCUGCCUGGAGGAUGGUCUUUGGUCACUCCCCGAAGCCUACUGCAAGCUGGAGUGCGAUGCGCCUCCUGCGGUGGCCAAUGCCAAGCUCCUGGUCCCGCGGUGCCUGCAGGGGAACCAUGACGUGGGCUCGGUCUGUCGCUACAAGUGCAAGCCUGGAUACCACGUGGCCGAGAAUGCAGCGGGCAAGCCUAAGAAGAAGUUCCUGAAGGUCCAGUGCCUGGAGAGCGGGCAGUGGGAAGAGGGGCGCUGUAUCCCUGUGGUGUGCGAGCCACCCCCUCCUGUCUUCGAGGGCAUGUACAACUGCACCCAGGGCUUUGAGCUGGACAGCCAGUGUGUCCUCAACUGCGAGCCACAGGGACAACAGGUUCCCAUCAUCUGCACCAAGGAAGGCUUAUGGACAGAGGAGUUCAAACUGUGCGAGAGCUUACGGGGCACCUGCCCAGCACCCCCAGAGCUGAAUUUCUUGGAGUACAAGUGCGAGCAGGGGCAUGGCAUAGGUGCUGUCUGCAUACCUUCCUGUAUCAUACCUCCCAGUGACCCCGUCAUACUGCCUGAAAACGUAACUGCUGAGACUAUGGAUCACCGUCUGCAGCCCACCAGAGUCCAGCAUAUCGUGUGCACGGGCAGGCUGCGGUGGUAUCCGGAUCCCUCUGUCAUUCACUGCAUCCAGUCAUGUGAGCCCUUCCAAGCAGACGGCUGGUGUGACACCAUCAACAACCGGGCAUACUGCCAGUAUGAUGGGGGUGACUGCUGUUCCUCCACACUGUCCUCCAGGAAGGUCAUCCCGUUUGCUGCUGACUGUGAUCAGGAUGAAUGCACGUGCCGUGACCCAGCGGCCGAGGAGAACCAGUAG